GUCAUGCAUGUCAUGAAUGUGUCAUGUCUUCCGCUUAGCCCCUUAUUUCACGAUUUGCAAAUUGCGAUGGUGAUGUGUUAAUAAUCGCCUUUUUAGUAAAAAUAUUGUUUCCUUUGCAGAUAUGGAAUGAAAUACAUCAAUAUUACUAGUGAUAAAUCGACAACAUUCCCUAGUUUAUGAAUAUUUAGACUGAAUUACAUAGAGAAAACAAGAUGAUGCAAUUUAUGUUGCUGUUCAGUCGUCAAGGCAAACUUCGCCUGCAGAAGUGGUAUGUGGCACACCCUGACAAGGUGAAGAAGAAGAUCACCAGAGAACUGAUCACCACAGUGCUCGCGCGGAAGCCCAAGAUGUGUUCCUUCUUAGAGUGGAAGGAUGUUAAAGUAGUUUAUAAGAGAUAUGCAUCAUUGUACUUCUGCUGUGCGAUGGAGCAGGAAGACAAUGAGCUGUUGACCUUAGAGCUCAUUCACCGCUACGUCGAGCUGUUGGACAAGUACUUUGGAAGUGUAUGCGAGCUGGAUAUAAUCUUCAACUUCGAGAAAGCAUACUUCAUCCUGGACGAGCUAGUGCUGGGCGGCGAGCUGCAGGAGACGAGCAAGAAGAACGUGCUGAAGGCCAUCGCGGCGCAGGACUUGCUGCAGGAGGAUGAGACAGUGGACGCGGCGCUGCGAGAAGUGGGCCUCUUGUGAGCACCAGAUGGCGCUGAUGCAGAAUCUUCUAGAAAUUGCCACCGGCGCUUCCAUGUUCUUCAGCAAGUCAUCCCUAAAAUGGAGUAUUUUUUGUUAAAGAUGGAAAAGGAUCUUUAACUUCACUACUACAGUCUUACAAGCUUCAUACAAUUUAAAAUGUGACAGUCUAAUAAUUGAAGUAUAAGAUGUUACAAAAUAAAAUAUUUAAAGCAAUGACAUUUUCUCAGUGCGCCGCCAUUUAAAAUAAUAUUCGGUACUGUUUUACAAGUCCUUUUUUUAUAAUAAGCAAUAAUAUUACUGAUUUUUUAAAUUGUAUGUUGUAUAAUUCUAAUCUUCUGCAUUUAUGGUAAUGAGUGAAUGACAAACAAAUAUUAUAAAUAAAAAAUAGCUAGGUUGAUAUGAAAUGUAGAAUGUUAGUGUGGCUAGACUUAGAAAGAAUAUAAUUUUCAAAAGUUCUAUUAGAUAAAAUUAAAUAAUAAAAAGUAAAUCAAAGCAUUGAAAAAGUUUAAAGUGAUUUCAUUGCAAUAAUAGACUCAAAACUGAUCAUAAAGUUUUUAUAUCACGUAAUAUCGAUUUAUCUACAAAACAUAGUUCUUGCAAAAUAAAUCUUCAUGAUAUAAUAUAAUUCUUUAGAUAUGGUAGUUUUGACAUUACUAAGUAUGAAUUAUAUUACUUUUCCUUGUCAAGGUAUUGAAGAUUUUAACUUUUUAUUUAUUGACUUAAUAAAAUAUGACCAAAGCGGACCAAUAGUGAUGUUAAACAUGUUCCAACAGAAUUUAGAAACUUGCCAAUUUAUUUAAAAACUCAAAGGUUUAGGGUUUUUUAAUCUUACCUAAUUUUAUAUAUAAAACAAUGUAGGUAUUCUGUUAUUUUAUUUAAUAACUUAGAAAUAAAUAAGAAGUUUUGUUUAUUUUAAAUAUAUUUUAAGGGUUUCUAUCGAAAAUAUUCUAAAUAGUAUUUAAAACACGAAUUAUUAUUUAGAGAAUUUAUUUGAUUUUAUUCACUGACGUAUGGUAUAUUAAUCAUUUUUACAUUUAUUUAGGUACUUUUUUACAAAACUAAUCUAAUCGUGGAAAUAUAUUACAUAUUUUUACUAAGGUAUAAGGUGUUUUUAUCAUUAUUGAUUCAUCAAUAUUAUGACGUUUUAAGGCUUAAGUUUAUUUGUUUUUAUUUCAAAAGUUUAUUAUGUUGUUAUUUUAGUGAUUCCGAAUGUUGUAAUUUCACUUAUUUUUAUGAGUUGUUUUAAUAAACUUAGUGCCAUUGGCUAAAUUUACAGUUUGUACUGUGAUGUAAAAUUGUAUUAAUUUUAACUAAAAGGAUCGUGUGACUUUAAUAUUUAGUGCAAUACAUUUUAUAUAUGUUUCAUGACCCUCGAAUAUAAUUACUUUAUUUUAUUGUAUACGAGCGAAAUGAAAUAAAUUUAUGUGUACGUGGA